AUGUUAAUACGCAAUUCCUAUGCGAAAUUAAAUCUUUUAAUCACAGGGAAAGAUAACUUCGGCCAUUGGAGAAACGGGAUCUUGAGCUCAACACCUGCAACUGAAGCUCCUUCUCCCUCCAACUAUCCAUCCAAUACACUUGUAUUAGCAGGAUCAAGAACAAAAAGACCCGACAUUCUUAACAAUUUCAAACAUUAUCAAGCUGGAUGGGACAUCACCAAUAAACAUUACUGGGCUUCUGUUGGAUUUACAGGCGUUGCUGCUUUCAUUCUUGCAAUAUUAUGGUUCGUGUCCUUUGGAUUGGCCAUGAUCAUCCACCAUUGUUGUGGAUGGAGAAUAGACAUUAAAGGCCAACAAUCACACAGCUCUCAAAGGCUUUGCUUGAUUCUGCUUCUUGUUUUCACAUGUGCUUCUGCGAUUGGUUGCAUACUUCUUUCAGUGGGACAAGAUCAAUUUCAUGGGAAAGCUAUGGACACGUUGAAUUAUGUUGUAAACCAAUCAGAUUACACUGUUCAAACACUUGUAAAUGUCACGGGGUAUUUGUCAUUAGCAAAAACUGUAAAUGUUGCCCAAGUUUUUCUUCCUUCAGAUGUGAAAGAUGAUAUUGACCACUUGAAUGUUGACUUAAACAAUGCUGCAAAUACAUUGAGGCUGAAAACGAAUCAAAACUCACAUACGAUUAAAACCGUUUUUGAUACAGUGCGAUUAUCAAUGAUUGCUGUUGCUGUAGUGAUGCUUCUUGUUUCACUUUUAGGCCUUUUUUUGUCUAUCCUUGGUCACAAGAACACAAUCUACAUAUUCAUUAUCAGUGGAUGGCUGCUUGUUGCAGUUACCUUCAUUCUAUGUGGAGCUUUUGUGAUUAUCAACAAUGCAAUCACGGACACUUGUAUGGCAAUGGGUCAAUGGGUGGAUAAUCCACAUGCCGAAACUGCCCUUAGCAACAUUCUUCCUUGUGUCGAUCAAGCAACUACUAAUGACACAUUGUAUAAGAGCAAAUUAGUGGUUAAUGAUAUUACAAAUAUCAUCAAUGGAUUCAUAGGUUCUUUUGCCAAUUCAAAUGCGCCACCUGGAGGGAAUUCUAAUUACUAUAACCAAUCUGGACCUUUGAUGCCAUAUCUUUGCUAUCCGUAUGAUUCUCAACUACACGAACUGGAAUGUCCCCCCCAAUUGGUUUCAAUGGCAAACGCUUCUGUGGUGUGGCAGAACUACAUUUGCAGUGUGUCAGAAUCAGGUUAUUGCAGGAGCACAGGAAGAUUGACACCGGAGAUGUAUCAGGAACUGGUUGGAGCAGUGAACAUAAGCUACGCCCUGCAACACUACGCACCACCAUUGCUCAGCCUUCAAGACUGUAAUUUUGUACGUGAAACAUUCAGAAUCAUCACCUCCGAUCAUUGCCCUCCAUUAGAAGAUCGACUUCGAAUGGUGAAUGCAGGGUUGGGUCUUGUUUCUGUUGGAGUGAUGCUCAGUCUUGCACUUUGGAUUAUGUAUGCAAACCGGCCUCAAAGGGAGGAAGUGUUUGGAAAGAUCUCGUGUAAAAUGAUGGGAAAAUGCAAUGGUAGUAAUACGAGCAUUGAUGUAGAAUCCAGAAGUAUGAAAAUGGCAAGAGGUGAAGUUUAAGAUGUUAGGAAAGUUGGGUUAUGAUGGUAUAAGGUUUUAUAUAUAUACAUAUAUAUAGAGUAAUGUGAUACGGGGUUUUUCGUUGUGAUCUUCCCCUUUCCCUGCCAGAUUCAAUAUGGAGCGAAGCACCAUUUUGGAUUUUGAGCUGGCGUAUAAUGUGUAAUCAUAUAUGGUUCUUGUUUGAAUUCUUUGUCAUAAAGCAUAAAUUUCUAUAUUUAGAGCAAUGCUUUGCAUGGGU